UCUUCGAUCCGAGACAUUCAAGAUUGCACCCGCAUUCUUUUCCCCGACGCUCUCGCCAUAGCCAGUCCCAUCCCAGCUCGACAACCUUCACCUCUUCGACGUCCCUCUUUUUCUCCAGCCCCUCUCUCGUCUACACUCGUCAGGAGAAAGGCCUUGUUGGCUGUUAGUCGGUCAACAAUUCAACCCACGAGGGUUGCGAGACGUUCACUCUAAUCCCGCCUGCCCACGACUCCGAAUCAUGCCGCGAUACGACUUCGACGACGGCACUGCCGAGCGUGAGCCUCUGGACAAUGCUUAUCGCUCUCAUACCCCUAACCCCCCCGAACACUAUCAGGACAACCACUAUCACAAUGACGCGCCCCAACCCUACUACCCAGAACAGGACCCGAGACCGCAGCAGUAUCCCGACGCUCAUGCCGACCCCAGCUUCAACCACCUGAGGGCAGAGCGGCGGAACGAUCGCCAAGGUCCACCACCAGCUGCCGUGGGAGCCGUCGGAGGGGCCGCUGCUGCUGGCUACGCCGCUCACGCCGUUUCGCCUAUCGAUGCCACUCCCCAAGUCCCGCCUCAUCGUGACUGGGGCCCCGACCGCUAUGCACCUGCGCCGCAGCCCAACCUCAACCCUAACAUCACCCCCGGCGCAGACAACUUCAGCGACACGGCAUCCGGAGGCAUGGCCGGCAUCGCCUACACGGUCGCCGAGCGUAACGCGAGGGAGAGCGGAAUCGAUGCCAUGAGAAAUGUCGGCCAGGCGCCGCCUCAAGCACGAGGCCAGUUCCAGCAGCCACCAAACGCUCCCCCACAAGCCUACAACCAACCCCGAGGCGAUGCCUACGAAAUGACGGCCGCCCCGCGCCCAUACCCAGGCAGUCUCCCGGACCGUGACUCACACUCGAGCUUGACUGCCCUGGGAGGCGCAGGUGCAUCACCAGCCAGACUAUCGCCGGCCUCAAGUCCGUACGGCUUCAACGACUACUACAACGACAACCCGUACUACCAGAGACACCCUGGCCAUCUCGGUGUUGUGGAUCCCAACUCGAUCGCGGACGACGGCGAUGACGGCUUGGAAUAUGGACGGAGCAGGAGCGGACGCAACUCGAUGCUUAGCCUGUCUAACAGCGACCGUACGGGAAGAAGCAAGGGUGCUGCAGCAGGCGCAGCCGCCGCAGGCGGCGCUGCCGCUACCGGUCUCAUGGCGAGCCGCAAUGUCAGCGGAUACUACGACCCAAAAGACGUGGCCACAGGCUACCAGAACGGCAGCGCCGUCGACCUUGGAGGACAGGAGAAGUCGGAAUGGCUCAGGAACGAGAAGAAAUCAGGCAAGAAGUGGAAGAUCUGCAUCAUUGUAGGCGUCGUCCUCGUCAUCAUCGGCGCCAUCACCGGCGGCAUCGUUGGCGGCCUUGUCUCGCGGAGCAACCGAGAAGGCGGUUCAAGUAAAUCAGGCCAAGGCCAAUCAGCCGACGACGACAAGAGCUCCAACGGCGACCUGAAUAUUAACAGCUCUGAGAUCAAGGAGCUCAUGAACAACAAGCAACUGCACAAGGUCUUCCCCGGAAUGGACUACACGCCCAUCAACACCCAAUACCCCGAAUGUAUCCACAACCCACCUUCGCAGAACAACAUCACGCGCGAUCUCGCGGUACUCAGCCAGCUCACCAACACGAUCCGUCUGUACGGAACGGACUGCAACCAGACCCAGAUGCUCAUUCACUCGAUCCAGCAACUCAAGAUGGAGGACACGAUCAAGAUCUGGAUGGGCGUCUGGCAGGACAAGAACACGACGACAAACGCGCGGCAGCUCGAACAGAUGUGGGAUAUCCUCGACGUGUACGGCGACAAAUACUUUGAGGGCGUCAUCGUGGCCAACGAGAUCCUGUUUCGACAGGAGAUGACGGAGGCGGCGUUGGGCAACCUCCUCGCCGAGGUGCGGACGAAUCUGACGGCCAAGGGACUGAGUCUACCAGUGGCCACGUCGGACCUUGGCGACGAUUGGACGGCUUCGCUGGCGGCCAAGAGCGACUAUAUCAUGGCCAACAUCCACCCCUUCUUUUCGGGAACCAAUGCCAACGACGCCGCCAUGUGGACGUACGCCUUCUGGGAGAACCAGGCCGGCAGCUUUUUCAAGUCGGACAAGAAAAAGAAUGUGAUUGCCGAGGUCGGCUGGCCCACCAAGGGCGGCAUGAACUGCGGCGACGGCACGGCUGUCAACUGCCCAACGCGCUCGGUCGCCGGUAUCAGCGAGCUGAACGAGCUGCUCGACGAGUGGGUGUGUCCUGCGCUGGCCAACGGUACCAAUUACUUUUGGUUCUCGGCGUUCGACGAGCCGUGGAAGAUCAAGUUCAACGAGAAGAACAAGGAAUGGGAGGACCAGUGGGGCCUGAUGGACGUUAACCGCAACAUCAAGUCUGGCGUCGUGAUCCCAGACUGCGGCGGCAAGACAGUGUAAGGUCAUGACUAGUAGUCUCUUCCCCCCCCCCCCCCCCCCCCCCAUCUUUCAUCUUUUCUUCUUUCUCAUCAAGGAUGGACGAGGCACGACGGGACAACGUCCGCCUCUCGUCUGGAGCGUGGCAGCACGCAGCAGCGGUGUACAUGAUGGAGUUAAUUUCUGGAGUUGCGGACUCGAAGCAUGCCCGGCUCUGAUUGCCGCGGGCAUCAUGUUUAUGAUGUUUGAUACCGUACAUAACGUUGGUGAUGAUGGUCUGAGCGGGCGAUUCCACACGUGUCAUUGGUAUUUGACGGAACCAGAUGAAUAGAAUAGGUAAAUCUACUGCCCCUGGUGCUUCG